AUGGCAAAAUUCAUCUUCACCACCGGCUGCUCCGCCGGCGGUAUCGGCCCCGCCCUCGCCCGCGAGUUCCACUCCCGCGAGUUCCACUCCCGCGGUCACCACGUCAUGGCCUCGGGCCGCACCGCCUCCGAGAUCGACCCGGCCCUGUCCCCGCUCGGCAUCACCACCCUCGUCCUCGUCAACAAUGCUGGUGUUAUUCAUGUUAUGCCCUUUGCUGAUGAACCGGUUGCAGAGGUUAGACGGUUGUUUGAUGUUAAUGUUUUUGCUAUAUGGGCUGUCACACAAGCUUUUCUUCCGCUGCUUCUUGAAGCUAAAGGUUUGGUGGUUAACAUUGGGAGCAUCAACGCUGGACUAUGUCCCCCUCUUUUUGGGGCAUACAACGCCAGCAAGGCAGCCGUCGAAGCGCUCAGUCGCACCAUGAGGAGAGAGCUAGCACCUCUAGGCGUACCCGUCGUUACAGUCAAAACAGGCAGUGUCCGAAGUGCACGAUUCGACCACGCAGAGGGCAUCACAAUUCCAGACGAGAGCAUCUACGCGCCGCUGAGAGAAUGGGUUGCUCGACGGGGAUAUCUUAGGGGAGCGAGGUUUGUCAAGUUGGAUGACUAUGCGAGGGAUGUGGUGGGUGAUUUACUACGAGAGGAUGUUGCGCCUGUUAUCUGGAGAGGUGGGUUGGCGUUGUUGGGAUGGGUCAUGAGUUGGUUUGGAUGGGAGACCAUGAUGGAUUAG